CCUCCGUCUCCCCCCUCCCUUCUUCCUCCUGCUAGCCCCCCUGAUCAACCUCCUCUAUCCCUCUCUAGAAUCCUAUUCUCUCUCUCUCUCUCUCUCUCUCUCUCUCUCUCUCUCUCUCUCUGCCUCUUCCGUUUCUAUCUCUCAUCCUCCAGAAUCUCCACCAUUAAUUAUCGUGAUCCCAUCUGCUUAAUUCUUGCGCGUGGAUCAGGAAGAUGGAUGUGGAAUACCACGAGGAAUAUGUGAUGAAUCCCAGGGGGGUGCAGCUCUUCACGUGCGGGUGGCUGCCCGCUUCUUCCUCGCCCAAGGCGCUCGUCUUCCUUUGCCAUGGGUAUGGAAUGGAAUGCAGUGUCUUCAUGAAAGCAUGUGGGGUCCAGUUGGCCGCGGCGGGGUUUGGUGUGUUCGGCAUCGACUACGAAGGCCAUGGCAAGUCCACGGGUGCCAGAUGCUACAUCCAGAAGUUCGACCACCUCGUCACGGACUGCGACCGUUUCUUCAAGUCCAUCUGCGACAUGGAGGAGUACAGAAGGAAAAGCCGGUUCCUGUAUGGUGAGUCCAUGGGCGGCGCCGUUGCUCUGCUGCUGCACAGGAAGGACCCGACCUUCUGGGAUGGCGCCGUCCUCGCGGCCCCAAUGUGCAAGAUAUCAGAGAAGGUGAAACCGCAUCCCGUGGUGGUCACCGUCCUGACGCAGGUGGAGGAGCUCAUCCCGACGUGGAAGAUCGUCCCGACGAAAGACGUCAUUGACUCGGCAUUCAAGGAUCCUGUCAAGCGCGAAAAGAUCAGGAAGAACAAGCUCAUCUACCAGGACAAGCCACGGCUCAAGACAGCGCUGGAGCUGCUGAGAACCAGCAUGGAUGUCGAAGACAGCUUGUCGGAGGUGAAGAUGCCCUUCUUCAUCCUGCACGGCAAAGCCGACACGGUGACCGACCCGGAGGUGAGCCAGGCAUUGUACGAGCGCGCCACCAGCGCAGACAAGACUAUCAAGCUUUAUCCAGGAAUGUGGCACGGCCUCACCGCCGGUGAGCCUGACGACAAUGUGGAGCUGGUCUUUGCUGACAUCGUCGCCUGGCUCAAGGAGCGCAGCCAGGAUGGUCGGGUAAGAGCUCCGUCAGAACCUGCAACUUACCAACAGGUGUCCUGUGAGUUCAGCAACAUUGACAGCAACAGCACUUUGAUACGCAGCCAGCCUCAGGGUCGGCAGCGAGGCUGCUUCCCCUGUGGGCAAUGUAGAAUGUAAACAUUCAAAUAAUUCAUCCAGAGCUAUAUGUGUGGAAAAAAAGCAGCAGGUGAAAAGAUGUAAAUAGUGUGCUGCACGAAUGCUUAAUAAAUAAUCUGAAUAAAAUCUCGCGUUCUCAGCUGGAA